ACAGACGAGGAUCCCGAGGUCUAGAUACUGGCAAAGCUGGGGCUCCAACCCUCACCGUGGGCAACGGGGCCUGGGCUCAGCCGCAGAGGGCGCUCCAGGGGGUCGCUCCAGGGAGCCGGGGAGCAUCUUUCUGGCGAAGAGGCUGCCCCAAAGCAGCUUUGGCUGUGCUGCUUCCUUUUUAGGGAGAUGGGUUCCAGAGUCAGAAGCCCCGGACCGCGACCGCAGGGUGCCGUGGGCUCUUUCAGAGGGGCUAGUGGCUGAAUAGGUUUUUUGUUUGGAGGAAUGACAGGUGCCUCAAGGUCUCUUUAGGAAGGCAACCUCCCGACUUCUAGUAAAUUAUCCAGAACCCUAUCGUUCUCAAAUAUUGGAUUAUCUCUUUAAGCCAAACUUCGGUGCCUCUUUGCAUAUUCUAAAAGUCGAAAUAGGUGGUGAUGGGCAGACAACAGAUGGCACUGAGCCCUCCCACAUGCACUAUGCAUUGGACGAGAACUAUUUCCGAGGGUAUGAGUGGUGGUUAAUGAAGGAAGCUAAGAAGCGGAACCCUAAUAUUACACUCAUUGGGUUGCCAUGGUCAUUCCCUGGAUGGCUGGGGAAAGGUUUCAACUGGCCUUAUGUAAAUAUUCAGCAGACGGCCUACUACAUCGUGACCUGGAUUAUGGGCGCCAAGCAGUAUCAUGAUUUGGACAUUGAUUAUAUUGGGAUUUGGAAUGAGAGGUCAUUUAACAUCAAUUAUAUCAAGGUUUUACGAAGAAUGCUGAACUAUCAAGGUCUCCAGCACGUGAAAAUCAUAGCGAGUGAUAAUCUCUGGGAGCCCAUUUCUACUUCUAUGCUGCUUGACUCUGAGCUCUUGAAGGCGAUUGAUGUUAUAGGAGCUCAUUAUCCUGGGACCUACACAGUAAAGGAUGCAAGGCUGACCGAGAAGAAGCUUUGGUCGUCUGAAGAUUAUAGCACUUUGAAUAAUGACGUGGGUGCAGGCUGCUGGGCUCGCAUAUUGAAUCAGAAUUAUAUCAAUGGCCAUAUGACUUCAACAAUUGCUUGGAAUUUGGUGGCCAGCUACUACGAGCAGCUGCCAUAUGGGCGCUGUGGCCUGAUGACGGCUCAGGAGCCGUGGAGUGGCCAUUACGUCGUGGAGGCGCCUAUCUGGAUAUCAGCUCACACCACUCAGUUCACUCAGCCAGGUUGGUAUUACCUGAAGACAGUGGGCCAUUUAGAGAAAGGAGGAAGCUACGUAGCUCUGACUGACGGCUUCGGUAACCUUACCAUCAUCAUUGAAACAAUGAGCCAUAGACAUUCUAUGUGUAUACGGCCAAUUCUUCCUUAUUUCAAUGUGUCACACCAAUUUGCCACCUUCGUUCUUAAGGGUUCUUUUAGUAAAAUACCAGAGCUACAGGUGUGGUCUACCAAACUUGGAAAAUCAUCUGAGAGAUUUCUUUUUAAACAACUGGAUUCUCUAUGGCUCCUGGACAGCAAUGGCAGUUUCACACUUGAACUACAGGAGGACGAGCUGUUCACACUCACGACACUCACCAGUGGCAGCAAAGGCAGCUACCCCCUGCCCCCCAAGUCCCAGCCCUUCCCAAGUAUCUAUAAGGAUGAUUUCAAUGUCGAUUACCCAUUUUUUAGUGAAGCUCCUAAUUUUGCUGAUCAGACUGGCGUAUUUGAGUACUUUAUGAAUAUCGAAGACCCUGGAGAGCAUCGCUUCACACUACGCCAAGUUCUCAAUCAACGACCCAUUACCUGGGCUGCUGACGCGUCCAACACGAUCAGUUUCAUAGGAGAUUACAACUGGUCCAAUAUGAGGAUUGAGUGUGACGUUUACAUAGAGACCCCUAAGAAGGGAGGUGUGUUCAUUGCCGGAAGAGUAAAUAAAGGUGGUAUAUGGAUUAGAGGCGCUGCAGGCAUUUUCUUCUGGAUUUUUGCAAAUGGCACCUACCGAGUUACAGGUGAUCUAGCUGGAUGGUUCAUAUAUGCUUUAGGAAAAGCUGAAGUUACAGCACAAAAAUGGUAUACACUCGCUUUAACUAUUAGCGGCGAUCACUCCUCUGGAAGGCUGAACGGCAAGCCUCUCUGGACCGACAUCCGUGUGCAUUUCCCGAAGAAUGGCUGGGCUGCGAUUGGAACUCACUCCUUUGAAUUCGCACAGUUUGACAACUUUCGCGUGGAAGCCCACCCUGAUAUUCACAGAGAGCCAUAGGACACUCUUUGGAUUUUCUUUCAUUUGGGUUUUGGUUCAGAGCCAAUUCUUGUUUGGAUGGAUCACUACAUGAGCCUUUUGGAGGCUAAAAAUAAUGAAGAGCCAAUGGGGAGAAAAAUACAGUUGUGCUUGAUCCUGUGGGAGAUGUUUUUUUUUUUUUUAGAACUAUUGAUAAUUCCAAGGGGAAACAGGUGAGUCUUUGAUAUUACCUGACACAUCCCCUACAAUUCACACUGUGCGUUGGUCCCAUCCUUAGGGUAGUCCAGACUGCGAGGCCUUGGCGUUAAUGCUGAGGGUAGCUCUCGUCAUCUUAUUUGCAAGUGAUCAUGCAAAUGCCAAUAAUGUGUCAUCAUAGAGACGCAUGUAUUAAUGCUGACGUGUGUCUAAGUGAGCUGCUGUCCUUGUCCUAACGUAAUGCUGCUGUACUAGGAAGCUGAGGAACACUGGAAAUGCUGCUUUUUGAAAACCGCUUCAACAUGUUAUCCUAAAAAUACAUUCUACAAAGUAUUUUUUCUUUUCCUCUUUAAGACGAUGCUUUUGAACUAUAGAUAUGAUGAGGGGGAUGGUUUGAAAAAAUGCCUCAUUUGUUAACUACCUCUAAAGCUAUUUCUGCAAUAAUAAAUACUAGCAGAUUACUUGGGCUAUCUCCAUUUUAAAAUUCUUUUGGACGCAGCUUUUAGUAUCGUAACCCUUCUAACUCUCUGUGAAUGUUGAACCCAGGUCACUUGCUAGAAGGAAGAAGAAAAUCCCAUAUAGCCAAUGGUGUAAGUGGACCUAAAGAUAAAAUUGUAGCAAUUUUCUUGUCUCAUUUCAUUGUGCCUUUCAUGGUCUGUCUUCUCAUGUGUCGCUGGUAACAGACUAAAAUGAAUUCUUUUAUCUACUUGUACGUGGAAGAAGGUGAACACUUAGCUAUUAACUAAUUCAUAGAAUUGGAUCAUCCUCUAAUGUUUGGCAUGGCUAGAUGCAUUGACUUCAUUAAACUACAAAUGUAUUUAUAUUUAAGUAUGGGUGAGCAUAUUUUUCAUGCAGUCUAAUUUAUGUUUAAGAAUUGGUGUACAUCCUAGAAAAAAACUCAAUUAUUCAUGUGGAUAAAGUAAAUUCUGAAAUUCUUUAUAAUGAAAGUUGAAACCUUCAAUGAACUAAUUCUUCAAUUUUGGAAUUUAUAAUGGUUUAACAUAGGCUAAACUGAUAUGAAGUUUUGUAUUACUAUUAAACAUAAGAAAUUAAAUAUUAGAAUAAAUUAGAUUACGGAGAAAAUUUUUAAAUUAAAACCAAAUCUAAGUGAUUUCUAGUUUAGAUCCCUACAUAGUUUUUUUAAAUUAACUUUCCUGAAAUAUAAUUUACAACACUAACAUGUUCUCAUUUUAAGUACACAGUGUAGUGAGUCUUGAUAAAUGGAUAUAUCCAUGUAACCAACACUCCAGCCAAGAUAUCAAAAAAACUUUUUCCCAUCACUCCAGAAAGGUCUCUUGUACACCUGUGCAGCCAUUCUUCUUACCCCCCUCUCAGACAACCACUGAUCUGAUUUCUAUCACUAUUGAUAAGUUUACUUGGUUCUAAAACACUUUAAAAGUGGCAUCAUACACUAUGUACUCUUUUUUGCGAAUGGUUUCUUUCAUUCAGCAUAAUCCUCCUGAGAUUUGUCUGUGUUGCUGUGUAUAUCAAUCGUUGGCUGCUUGUUUCAGAGUAUUCCAUUGAAUGGAUAUACAAUUUGUUUGUCCCCCCAGUUUUGCUCUUACAAAUAAAGCUGUUAUAAACACUUGCAUACAA